AAAUCACCAUCACUAUACUAAUUACUAUACACUCUCUAUUAUCAAAUCUUAAUUUCUUUUUCUGCUUAGUUACCAGUUGCCAUGCUUUCCUGAGAAAUAUUUUCAUUUUCCCGAGAAAAUAAAUAAUAACAGAAAAGAAGAAAAGAAAUGUCGGACGCUUUGAUCAAUGGAUUGGCCGGAGCUGGGGGAGGGAUCAUUUCUCAGCUCAUAACAUACCCUCUUCUAACUUUAAACACUCGCCAACAAACCGACCAUGAUGUAAAGAAAAUCAAGAGUAAAGUUGGAACCCUCGACCAAAUGUGCCAGGUUGUGAAGGAAGAAGGGUGGGAACGAUUGUAUGGAGGGUUGAUACCAUCACUAGUUGGUACUGCUGCAUCUCAGGGUGUUUAUUAUUAUUUCUAUCAAGUAUUCAGGAACAGAGCCGAAGAAGCUGCACUAACACAAAAAAAGAUUGGCAUCAGUGAUGGAUCAGUUGGAAUGCUAUCCUCUCUUUUUAUUGCUGCUUUAUCUGGGUCUCUUAAUGUGCUUUUGACGAAUCCUAUAUGGGUUGUUGUCACCCGUAUGCAGACACAAAGAAAAGAGUCAAAUAAGAAAGAUCCUGACAUGGGAUUGUUAAUUGUUGGUGGUGAAGAAAGCGUUCCUCUUCCUGCAGAUAAGCCUCUUCCAUAUGACACUAAACAUGUGAUACAAGAAGUCUACGAAGAAGGUGGAAUCCUUGGUUUCUGGAAUGGUGUGUUACCAUCAUUGAUCAUGGUAUGCAACCCUUCCAUUCAGUUCAUGCUGUAUGAAACCAUGUUAUUAAAGAUGAAAAGAAGGCCUUAUGGGAAUAAGAAGGGUAGAAAGGGGGUAACUGCAUUUGAGAUAUUUCUUCUUGGAGCUUUCGCUAAGCUUGGAGCUACUGUUGUAACUUAUCCUCUUCUAGUUCUCAAGUCAAGGCUUCAAGCUAAACAGGAUAAAACAGGGGACAACAGGCACCAUUAUACAGGCACAUGGGAUGCAAUUGUUAAGAUGAUAAAUUAUGAAGGGAUCUAUGGAUUCUACAAAGGCAUGGGCACUAAAAUUGUACAAAGUGUUCUAGCUGCUGCUGUUUUGUUCAUGAUGAAGGAAGAACUCGUUAAGGGCGUUCAAUCCUUUCUAGCUAAAGAUGGAUCUAACGCUGUAAAGCGAAAACAAUGAUGAUCGAUCAAGAGUGAGAACUCUGACUGAAGACCAUUAGCAUCAUUAGAACUUCUCACUAGGAUGAAAAAGCUAUCACUAGAGUUUUUCUCUAGAUUUAUAUUUUCAUGAACGUUAUUUAGUUCAUAGGAAAUAGUGUAUGGCAUGUGUGUGACCCUUUCUUUAGGUCAUACAUUACACCGCUCUUUUUCAAACUAUGCAUUAACCGCACAUGAUGCUUGUGCAUUUGGUUGUCCUUAUAUAUAUAGAGAUUAGAGAGAGCGCACGCAAUGUCAUGAGGACAAAUAC